AACGGAUCACUUCCCACGAGCCUAAGCGUUGGUCUUGGUAGACAGACAGCAGUCCACGGUCCACCUAUACACGUCCAUGGAUAUGUAGUUUUUUGUGCUGCGGGGUUCUGAAUGUGAUCCCAUAUUCUGACCUCGGCUGUUACCGAUUUCUUUCGCAUGGGAUGUGCGUCGCGUGCUGUGUGCGGCUGGACCCGUCUGUGAACAGACAUCUGCUUAGUCACUCGAUCGUCGACUCGUGGAGCGCAAUUAGGCCUAAAGUCACAAAAUGAGUAAACUGCCAGCCACGGAUAUCUCAAAACUCCUUCUUAAAGAUGCGCAAAUGCUCCGGGCUAAAAUAGUGUACAAAGAUGCCACAGCCUCGACAUCCGUGGAGGAAAUACGACAAGGCCUGCUUAGUGUACUUAAGUAUGGCGACGAACGUGAGAGAUACACCCAUCACAUUACCUCACCAGCAAGUGCCACCUGUAAUCAGAUUGAAGAACUAACCUAUUCGUACAAGUGGAUGCCUGGGUACAGUCCCGGGAUGAUGUGUGGGAACACUGAAGCACAGUUCCUUAAAACCUUAGUCAGCAUCCAGGGAGCACGUCGAGUGCUGGAAGUGGGCAUGUUCACUGGCUACAGUGCCUUGGCCAUGGCAGAGGCAUUGCCACCAGAUGGUGUUUUAGUCACCUGCGACACUCAGGAUUUUCUGCGGGAGUUGAAUGAGAAGACCUUCGCCAAUUCACCACAUGGGAAAAAGAUUCAGAUAAAAAUAGGUCCUGCUGUUGAAACGAUGCGAGAAUUCCUAGCCAAUGGUCAGAAGUUUGACUUUAUUUUCCUUGAUGCUGACCAAGAUGUUACCCAAGUAAAGAUCGCCUUUGAAGAGGGUCUGCUGGCUAAGAGAGGCACUGUUGUCAUUGAUAAUGCUUACCACUAUGGUCAUCUGUACGACAAGAGCGGAGGCCCGCAGCAGCCGGAGAGGUUGUGGCCCAUCUUCAAGUAUGUGCAAGAAAACCAAGGGCUCCACAAAGUGCUGGUGAGUGUGAGAGAUGGCGUUCUAAUUGUACGCCGCUUGAGUGAUGUGGAGUACAAUAUGUAAGCCAGUCAACAGACCUGAUGUGAAGUACAAAGUGUUAAACAGCUGACAGAUCUGCUGAUGUGAAAUACAGCCUGUCAGCUAGUCUGCAUGCUAAGGUCACCAUGACCUCCUGCAUUAAGCUGUCCACAUGGGAGGACAUUGUGGCUGUCAGCCUGUAAGAUUUGAAAACAUCACAAAACGUUUUAAGCUUUUACUAGAUCUUUUAAAUUUCCAUAUCCAGUGCGUAAAAGCCAGAGCUAUGCUUGAAAGUUUUACAAUUUUUUGAAUGUUUCUAUAUGCUGUCCUUGAUUCCAUCAGUGUCAUGUGUCUGGAUGCUUCUGCUUAUAGAACUCGAACUCUGUGCUUCUCCAGUUUUGCCAUGAUUAUGAGGCACUCGUGAAUUUCAUGUUCUUGAUUUAUUUUCAUUUUAAUCCUUUCAUUAAAAUGAACCCAAAUAAAGAUUGAUUCUGCAAAA